CCUAAAUAUAUGAAUUAAUCAGUCCUAAACUAGAUCCAACAUUUUUUUAAGAUAAGCCACUGUGUGUGAUCUUAAGGAAAAAGAAGAAGAUAUGAACUUUGAGAGUGUCUAGACAAGAAACUGUAGGCUCCUACAAGAAGACACACAAACAUCCUCGGGACAUUAAAAUCCGGCAUUCCCCGUCUGAAGAAGAAGAAGUCAAUUCUCCAUUUUAGGCAGCUUCUCUCUGAAGUCGGUUAAAAUUUUGAGGAGAGAUGGAGAGAGAGUGUGAAGGAGGAGACAUUGAGAAAACGGGGUUGGCGAUCUAUUUCCCCACCGGAACUAUGGUGUCGCACUAUUUCUCCAUCAAACUAUUGCCUCGUUUCAUUUCCCCACCAAACGAAAGUUAAAUAUCUAUAUACCCACCAUAUCAAAGUUAAAUAUCUCUUUCCCCACCCGACAAAAAUUAAACACUCAAAUCCACAUAAAACCAUGUUUAGUUGGUUUAUUAGUUUGGUUAAGACGGGUUACUAAUACCGAAUCUUGACUUAACCGACUUAAACAUCCUAAUCUAUCUAAACCCAAAAAAUCCCCAAAUCAAAAACCCAAGAACCCUAGAACGUGAAAUAGAGAGAGUGGGAGAGAAUUCCUGAGAGAAAACAACAGGAAAUCGAUUGAAUUCGUGUUUACCAUGUCUCUAGUACCUAUAAUCGGCGAAGGAGAGUUCGAAAUUGAUGAUGAAGAAGUUGAGCGAGAAGAGUUUGAACUCGACGAAUUGUUGAGAAAUUUCGUGAGUGAGCCGCCAAUUCAGCAUGACGUCUUGCCUGAGAGUGAUGAAGAUAAUGAGGAAGAAGAAGAUCCUGAAGCCCCACAGAGAAUGAGGACGCAUAUACGCCGUGGUGAUGGGCAUUUGUACCGAGACCAGACAUUCUUCAAUGGUGUGGCUUUCAAAGACAGAGUCCUCGAUUAUGCUCUUAGGACUCGCUGCAAUAUCAGACAAUACAGGUAUGAUAAGGAUAAGCUUGGUUUCGAAUGUGCUGGUCAUGGUGAGAAUGAUGAAGCUUGUGGCUGGAAAAUUUAUGCUUCGAUCCUUCCGAAGGAUAAAAUUUGGAGAGUUAGGUUGUUUGUAGAUAACCACACAUGUGAGGUUAAUGGAGAGUGUGAGAUGGUGAAGGUCCCUGUGAUAGCUAGGUUGUUUGUGAACAAGAUCCGUGAAGAGCCGACAUACUAUAUGCCUAUGAAGAUCGAGGAAUUGAUCAUGGCAAAUUGGUCUAUUAGUGUGUCUAGGCCUCAGUGUCAAGCUGGUAGGAAUAAAGCUUUGAAGUGGAUUAAGAGUGAACAUGAUCAACAGUUUGCACGCCUUAAAGAUUAUGCUGCCGAGAUAGUAGAAUCAAAUCCUGGUUCUUCUGUUGAAGUAGACACGUUCCAGAAUGAUGAAGGUCAAGAUGUCUUCAAUCGAAUCUAUAUUUGCUUUGACGCCCUCAGGAAUACUUGGAAGGCGAGUUGUAGGCCAAUGAUAGGACUUGAUGGUUGCUUUCUCAAAGAAAGAAUCAAGGGACAGUUAUUGGUUGCUUUAGGUAGAGAUGCAAACAAUGCAAUUUAUCCAAUAGCUUGGGCUGUUGUAAAGGUGGAAAAUAACGAGAAUUGGCAAUGGUUUAUGCAAAAACUGAAGGUUGAUUUGGAUCUAAAGGAUGGUGACAAUUACAUUGCUGUCUCAGACCGUAGCCCGGGAUUGAUCAGAGCUAUUAAGAUAGAGUUGCCUAAGAUGGAGCAUCGGAAGUGUGUAAGACACAUCUACGGGAAUUUGAAGAAGAAACAUGGCAACAAAAAACAGAUGAAGUCUUACAUAUGGAGUGUAGCAUGGAGCUACAAUGAAGCAACAUAUCAGCAAAACUUGGACAGGUUAAGUUGCUACGAUACAGGUGUGUAUACAGAUGUUAUGGUUACAAAUCCGAGGAGUUGGUGCCGAGCUUUCUUCAAGCUGGGAAAUUACUGCGAAGAUGUGGAGAACAACUCGACAGAGUCCUUUAACAGCUCCAUCAACAAGGCAAGAGAGAAGCCAUUUGUGCAUAUGCUCGAAACAAUAGCAAGACUUGCUAUGGUGCGUAUAGCCACAAGAUCCAGAGAAUCUCAUGAACACCAAGGUAAGUUUUUUUCAAUACUUCUAAUAUCUAAAAAAUAUAAAUUCAGUUAA